CUCACAAGGAGAGUUUUGUCUCACACCACCGUCCUAUUAUCAAACAUGGUGGGCCCUCAAGAAGAGAUCACAUUUUUCGGGCAUAAGUUAGCUUAUGCUGCUCCUACAAUUUAUGGACUCCCUCAUGCACUGACGAUGCAUUUCCAGAGUUAUUACAAUAAAAUGACAAUUUCAAUGUCGGUGGAUCCACAGGUGAUUCCAGAUCCAUACCAGCUCAGUGAUGAUCUACAGGACUCCCUUCAGAUGUUUAAAGAGGCUGUCACUAAACAAGGUCUCGUAGCCACACCAUACGGCUAUAAUGCUACUACUAGACUUACUAUUUUGAGGGCAAUGUAGUGUUGUACCACUUUGAAACUUUCGUAUAACUUCCUAU